UUACUUAAACACACAUUCCUAAUUGGAUUGGACGUCUUUGUUGAUUCAAGCCACAAGAACUUUGCUGUUUUAGCAUUAGUUCUUCAAUAGGAAUCGUCUAAAAUCUUCAAGGGACUAUUUUGAUCUAUUCUAUUGUGUUUCAAGCGRCAAAAGGUCCUYUCGAAAGAUGAAGACAUUCUUGGCAGGGAUUCUUGUAAUGGCCUCCGUUGUCGUGCGUUGUACGAUAGCCGAUGACACGGCGAACCAGAACUCUAGCGCUGACCCAUGCUUACAAGUCAUGUGUGACCGRGGGCGCAUGUGCGUGUCCACGAACGGCAUUUCUACCACAUGCGUGUGCCCAGAAUCGUGCAACAAAGAGUAUGAUCCAGUAUGUAGUGCCUACAAUCGACAGUUUAACAACACAUGUGAGAUGCACAGGUUUGCUUGUCGUUUUGGAUUUUUCACCUCUGUGAAGAACAAAGGAGAGUGUUCACGUAAAGAGCAAGGAGACAAAGAACAUUGUCCCAUCGACCAAUUGCUCGAGUUCCAUGAACGAUAUUUGCUGUGGCUUUUGAUAUCAUACAACGAGGAACACAACAUUAAAAACAGCGCAGACAUGACACCAGACGACAUGGACAGUGAUGAGCGAAAAAGACUUAUUGAGUUUGAGUUUGUUUCACGCGAUAAAAACAGCGAUGGCGUUUUGGAUUUCAAUGAAGUCAAGGAGAUGGUGGACGAAAGGGAACCUUGUAUGGUGGCUUUCCUACACUCGUGUGACUUUGAUGGAGUGGAUGGUAUUUCUCAUAAUGAAUGGAACACAUGUUUCCCAUCAAAACUAGAAGAAUUCGACAAUGAAGAAUCAUAAAUUCAAAAUGGAUGGAAGUUUUUAAGCAAACUGCUUGUAAUGAAAUAAUAAUAUAGUUUAAAAAAGAUAGGCUUAUAAAUUUAAAGGAUAAUAGUUAUCCCCAGGCUAUUCUCAGUCAAAUCAGAUCCAAGAUGCGAACAYUCUUGGCGCAAAAGUUAAAUUGAAAAUGAYUUCCCGCAGGAAGACUGGGAGUAGCCUGGGGACGAUGCUUCGUCGCCCGCGCAACAUAGCACUGCUACUGAAAGUCGAAAGCUUGCUUGUUAUUAUUUCCGACGUGAACACAGCUAUAAACUGCGUCCUCGGAUCGGGCAUACAAUGCUCGAGAAGGCUUUUGCUAGGUUAAAGGCUCAUGUUUUAACAUUUGUAGUCAAUAUAUAUAAACAAAAUUUUAACUUCAAAAUAUCUAAGAAAAUAUUUGUUUUAUAGUCGUGGGUAAAUUGUGAAAUAAAGUGCUUGGUGUUGCU